AGGGACUAUUUGUCGGAGCGCAAGCAGCGCGGCAACACACACGUACACAGUCAGUCAAGAAGAGUGAGUCAACCCAACGGGAGUAAAGAAAAGAAGAGAAUCAUUUACCUGCUUGGUAACUGUUUGCGGAAUUAAACUGAAGCGGACUUUUUUAAAACAAGAAUUGGACGCCUGAGGAGCAGGGUUUUUUUUUUGCAACCCCACAAAGUGUACCUGUUCCUGGCAUAUUCGGAGCGAGCGACCGAUCAUGGCGAGACAAGACGUCCUAAGUGGACAAGACUGCAUUAAAGUGCUGCUUUUGUUGGGCGCCGCGACACUUUUACGACACGGAGCGUCAGGUCAGCUCGUGAAGGUGGAGCCGGAGGUGCUGUCGUAUCCGGGUCAGACGGUGAACCUGCGCUGUGCCUUUGCAGACACCACAGGGAUCCAGCUCACAAUGGUUACAUGGAUCUAUGAGCCCAAGGAGGGAGAGAGGAUGAACAUCGCAGUGCUUCACCCGAGCUUUGAUCCAAACUACCCCGACUCGCCUCUCAUGGGCAGGGUCCGCUUUGUCCAGAACCCGGCCGACAUGGCCAACCCCUCCAUCCAGAUCAGCGAUGUUCGCAUGACAGACGAAGGGAAAUACAUCUGUGACUAUGCUUCCUACCCUGGUGGCAAUAAGCAGGGCAUCACCAAUCUGAUCAUGCUUUCGAAGCCCCAGAACUUGGCCUCCACCUUAACUGUAGAUGCGGCCACCACGUCCAUGGUGGUGGCACGCUGCGAGUCUCUCAACGGCCGUCCCGAAGCGCAGAUCCGCUGGGUGACCACCGCCAAUGGCAACGCCACCACAUCGUCCCAGCUGGGCUCGGACAACACCGUGUCCAUUACCAGCGAGUACCGCAUGGUUCCUACCGCGGCAGACAACGGUAAAGACAUCAGCUGUGUGGUGUCACACCGGACGCAGGCCACACCAGAAAGUUUCCAGAUGAAACUAAAAGUUCAAUAUGCCCCCCAGGUGACAAUAGUGGGUUAUGACAAUAAUUGGUACGUGGGUCGUACAAAUGUGCUGCUCACCUGCCAAGCUACCGGGAACCCGGUUCCGACAACCGUCCAGUGGAAGGCUAUGACAGGUGAGAUGCCAGACACCGUCCAGAUCAAAGACAACCAGUUGAAGGUCCUGAAGGUGGACGAUGCCGUCAACACUACUUUCGUCUGCGAGGUCAAGAACCGCAUCGGCGUGGGCAGAGACCAGGUCACGGCCUUGGUCAGAGAGCCUUCAGUGAACCCGUCCAAUGCCGGCGUGGUGGCGGGGGCUGUCAUCGGCUCCCUGUUGGCCCUGCUUUUGGUCGCCGCUCUUGUGGCUGUGCUGGUCACUCGUAGCCGCCGGCAGCAGCAGGGCUACCGUGGCAACGACUUGAAGACGCGCAUUUUCGGCAGUGGCAAGAAGGCCAGCAAGAACGGCACAGGCACGGGCGGGGUCGGUGGUGGCGUGAGCAACAACAAUGGCCCCAUCUACGUGUACAACGAUGGCUCAUCCCACCAGGGUCUCGGGGAGAAGAACAACCACAGGCCCCUGGGGGUGGGUGGGCGGCCCGAGGUGGUGUCCAGCACACCCACCGCCCAGGACAUACUACUCAGCAGCGAGCUGGACGACACAGAGAGGAGAAAGUUUGACGAGCUGGAGGAAGAGGAGCGAUACGACCACUUCUCCGGGGGCGCCCCCAUCCUGCAGCUGCGCCCGCCCAACGACCAGGACGAAAUGAUCGGAGACUACCUGGAUGAUGACAUGGAGUCCCAGCGAGAUGGUUCCGUCAUUUCUCGAACUGCUGUUUACGUAUAAAAGAGGAAGAAGAGGAGGAGAGAAAAGGAAAAAAAAAAAUCCUGAGGAUUUUUGUGGCUCCGAGGUGUCGCCACUGUCGGAUGGAGAUGCGAGAAUGAAACCACUGUUUAUUUUUCAAAAAUGUAUUUUACAUAUAUGCUAUUAUUAAUCACAGUUGUAGCCCCAAUUGUCUGGAGGAGGGUGUGUGUGGUAGGAAUCUUGUGAGUGGAGUGUUUGCUGUUUGUUUUCCAUGCCGGUCCUGUAAAAACUACAACUGGAACAUUUGAAAAAGAAAGUAUCAAGGGAUGCUAGCAAAAAUCAAAGAGAGGAACCACGUGGUGUAGGAGAGGAACGUUGACAGCAUCCUGAUACAAGCUACAGUGGGUGCCGCUCGCUUCCACGUUCACUCUUAUCUUCUCGGUUCAAGUCGAGGCAGAUUGUCAUGCCGAUAUGCGUUCACCUGCUAUUCUCAGGUCUCCUGUGGGAAACCUUUUUUUGGGGGCGGUGGGUAACCCCUUGUGCUGUGACAAGCGGCGGGUAGUUAGUAGCUAGUGAUGGGUCUGAAGGUGAAUUGGUUUAGCAUCUAGGACUUGUUUGCUGACUCCCAUUUAUAUUUUUCCCCCUCACUACUCUGCCUUUGGCUUAAACUCCCAAAUCACAGUAACAAUUGUGCUGAUUUGAAUUAUAUUACUUUUAUUCAUGUUUUGGCCUUCUGUUCAUUGAUAUGACUUUUAAAUAGAAAUUUGCAAAACGUUGCUCCUUUUACCUAGCCUCUAGAACCCAGCACUUUUCCACCUUUCUGUAUAACAAGCGCCGCAACUGAAUGGUGGUACGGUGAAGUCCACCUGGCAGUUUUCCCCCCUUUUGAGGUAGCAUCAGAGCCGUAACAGGCAGGAUGCCGCCUCACUUCUCCUGCACUGUUGUAUCGAACGCAAUGUCACAGUCCGGCAACUGUCUCAUACGUUACAUCAGAUGUUGUGGCACAUUACAUUAUGACGAAAGUGCCCACGAUUGGUUCUGUAUAAAAGGCACAGCCAAAUAUUUCCCUCCGUCCCUUCUCUGUUACGUUCAAACUCCCAUUUGACUUUUACUACGUCAAAAUGUAACAACAGUGGGGAUUCAUGUGUUUCCCCCCUUUUUUUAAUUGAUCAUGACUUUUUAAAUUAAUUUAACACAAAAUUAGCAAUAUAUAUGUAAUAGUCAAAGCCCCUUUUGCACAGCCUGUAAAACCCUCUGGUAUUCAAGCCGCAACAGAGGAAGGACGAUGACUGUAUGCCAUGCUAUCCUGCAAAGCGGAAAACCUGACACUCACAUCUUCCACCUUGGUGUGUCGAAAUCAAUGUCACACAGUCCAAGAAGUAUUGCAUAUACGUCAGACUAGAUGCUGACAUCCUGUUCUGUAUUAAAGGCACAGGUGAAUUAAUUGCUACUGUUACAGCUUUGGCGCAGCAUGGAAACAUUGAACAACACUGAACAUGUUUUAAUGAAGAAGCAUUGUUUUUGACCCAACAAAGCCGCCAUACUUGUCCUUGUUGCAACCUGGAGCGAGGGCAAGGUUGCGUGCCGAACACAGCAGCUGAACAGAGAGCUUUUAUUCUAAACGGCGGUAUCACCACAUGACAUGUUUGUCGCAUCAUGCAUCCGUCUGUCCAUUCACAUACAAUGCCGACAUCAGUUGUAUGAGGGGAAUGUCUGGACCCUCAUAGCCAGGGGUGUUUACGUGCUGUACAAACAUGAGCUUUUUUGACAAAGUGUUCACAUGCAAGAAUGUCUGCGAUUCGCCGCCAGCUAAAAGGUAGACCGUAAACAAGAUGGGAAUGAGGAGUAGUCGACCUGACAGGGUCAAGGGGAUGGAGAGAGAGGAUACAUGGGGGGCUUCUCCUCAUCCUCAUCGUCCUCAUCCUCGAGCUCUCCUGACAGGAGGAACUUGAUUCCUAAUGAAGCGUGAAGUCACUGGCUUAGCUUGAACCACCAGAUUGCCGCCACUUAUCCUUUAUAACUUAGCGUCCGCUCGCCACAACGCUCGCUCUCUAUCAUCCCUUCACCACCUCCUUUUUGCAAGUGUUUAUGUGCACGCUGUGAUUUAAACCAGGGCGCUGUGGAGGUCACGGCCACAGAGAAGAACAUUAGAGUGUUCUUUACUGCUCCUGAUACAGCAGGUAUCUGAGUAAGGGUGUCCCCUGCAGCCUCCGCCGCCCAUCGGCCUGGUUGACGGAUGGAGCAACGCAUAACCGCAUUAGCGUCUAUAGAUUUUCCACUGAGAUCAUGCAAUAUUUUUCUCCAUUAGCGGAUGCCGUUAAGUGUGGAGAAUUGAUUGGGAGACAUAAAAGCUUUGCCGGAGUUAUAUUGACUAACAGGCAACACGCGGCGAGAUGGUCCUUUAUGAUGCAGCUCGGGGCCUGAUGGUCUCCUGACUGUUAAUUCAUCUCUUAACGAGCCACCGGAGACACCCCCCUCUGCUGCUCCCUAGCUGCUAUUCUUACAUGCUGGCCUUUUUACGUGAGUCACUGUAUCCAACCUUCUUGAUCAGCUUUUCUUUCCCCCUCCUUUCAACCUCACCGCCAAUGGCUGUGACCUCUCGCAAGGCCCGGCGGAGUCUUGCAACAUGUUGUAGGUCGUGAGGUCAAACGCUGGGUGAACCGUCGCCAAAGGCAACGAUGACUGCACUUGGCCACAUGUCUCAAGGUAGUUUUUUUUUUUUUUUUUUUGAAUAAUCUGAAAUGAUGGGAGAGAGCUUGUGUCGAAACAGACCUUAUUUGCCUUAAGGGGGCGUUAACCUUUAAAAAAUUGAGCAUGAUGUGUUCAAUAAGAUAACCGUAAAUGCUCUAAUUGUAGUUUAUAAUAUAUUUCCUUAAACCAUGAAGAGGAUCAGAUGUUAAUUGCAGCAGCCCAUAAUUGAAGCGAGGCUUAAUCAUAUGGAGUGCAUGAGAAAGUGGAAAGAAAAGCAUAGCUUUUGACCACAUGGACAUUUAUUAAGAAGUAUAUUGCACAAUAGCACCAAUGUUGUAAUAGUGGUACGGUACUGCAUGAGUUUCACAGCUGAGUCGCAACAUUUUAAAGCGUGUGCAGAGGUAGAUAAGACUGCUGGAAGCCGACCCCUCAUUAUACAUCAGAUGUCAGCAACUACUGCAAUCUCAUGGAGUUGAUAAAUAACGGAAUCAAGAAGUUGCUCAUAGCCACAGCUGUUAUUUGACCAGACGUGAAUUAUAGAGACCCUGGUGGUUAUUUGUGUCGUAAUCCACGCACCCGGUCACUAUAGGAGACUUGGUUGUUAAUUGAAUAGAGGUGUUAAUUGGAGCAUUUACGGUAUCGCUGAAUGGCCUUCAGCAGUGUAUGCACUGUACUAUUUUGGCAGGAAAAUGUGUCCAUUGUAACUCCAAAACGGCAACAAACCGGGAUGAUACAACUAUCUUCAGACUGAUAACUGGCUGCCACAAAUCAGUAGUAUCCAAAAUUAAGACAAAUCAUCCCUCUGCUACAACAAUGUCUGUCAGCGAAGUAAAUUAGCGUGAUUGCAAGUGCUUAUUUACAAAAGGCAAAUUGGCGGUGAUACGACACUGUCGUGGUAACGAUAACCUUGUUCAUUUUGGUCACAGCAAUCGUGGUACGAAACGUUCGUAACCUUUCGUCUCCACAGCGAACCAACCAAUCAGAACAUACCUUAGAGCGACAUGAAUAUUGGAAUGUCGGCGCCAAAUGAGCCGGGAAUAUUGAUUACUGCCAAAAUGAUACAGUGUAGCACAAAGUGCUAACUAACACGAGAAAACAACUCCUAUCAACCACAAAUUUACCACCACCACUACACAAAAAAACAAAAAAAAAAAUAGAAGUGUUAUUUUUGCACGUGUGUGUGUGUGUGUCUCUACUACAAAGAGAAAUGUCAGUGUAACGUUCGGUGUUUAGGGGGGUGAAAAUCGCAACUUUAAACUGUACAUUUUUUGGUGUUGAGAUGUCCGUGUACUAUAAAUGUAAGCAUCUUUUUAUUUUUCUUGUGAAAACAAAAGUGGAUAUUUAUGAAAAUGUAAAAUAUUAUCAGCGCGAAGGAGGCAGCGGCGGGCGCUAAGCGUUGGGUGGGCGCUCUUGCUUCACACGGGAAAAAAAACGUAAUUGUGAAUGUACAUUUUUACUGCGGGGAGUGAUUUCGAGUGGCGAGUUAUGCUCCUGUAGCUUUUUCUUUGUUGCCUGCAUUUCUACACAAUAAGCACACUGUUGUUUUUUGCACAAUUGGCUCUCCAAGGCAGACACACACACAAAAAAACACACACAAUAGUCAUAAUUUAUCAAGUAGGCUCCUUUCACACCAGUGUCAGGUAUGCGCAAACUUUUUCUAAGGGGCGCAGUAUGUAACCCCAGCAGCCAACCUUUAUCACUUUGGGAAAAAAAUUGGCCAAGUUGUGUACUGUAUGUACACGCACAUCAUCGAGGAUGCCGAGAAGCAUUCGCCCACUCACAAACGCCCCACAGCCACUUUCAUUAUGCUGCACUCCAGACACCUCAUACCUGCCAUCGCCUGACACGAGCCCACACAAAAAAUCACAAAAGCAUUUCUUUUUCCUCCUCCUCCUCCAUGCUCUGUGGUCAGGACGUAUAUUCUGUAUAUUCCUGCUCACUUGGAAAGAGCCGCAAGAGUCCGAUUACUAUGUUUUUCUUGUUAUUUCGACUUAACAGACACCGUCAAGUGCAUACACCUUUUCACUUUGUGUCCGACAAAUGUUUUUAUUUAGCUUUUGCCCAAGUUCCACACUGGAAUUACAGCUUUCACCGUUAUUGGCCGCUUCCUACUCUUUGUCAAGACUGUUGCUGUCCACUUUCACGAACAUGGCCUCCUACACACACACACACACACACACACACACACACACACAG